CUAGCAACCUUGAUUGCACAGCCACCCAUAUUUUGUUGUUUUGCAUCUAUUCUGGCUCAAAGCAGCUCAUGAUGAAGGGCCUACUUGCCACCCUUGCCCUCGCGGCCGUCUCACUUGCUUCACCAACAAACCAAGCCCCGGACUCAUUUAAAAUCAAGAACGUCGUUUACGGUGGCUCUGGAUGUCCUCAAGGUAGUAUCGAUGUUGACUGGACCGAGAACGGAAUUCUGCCCAUCUACUUUGGCAGGCAAUUCACUGCCCGCGUAGGUCCCGGCAAAGGUCCAGAAGAAUCGCGAAAAAACUGCCAGAUCAACCUCAGCCUCGAUUUCAGCCCCGGCUUCUCCUUUGCUAUCUUUAGCGCCGACUACACCGGCUGGGGUGAACUCGACAGAGGUGUCACGGGCGUCGUAAAAUCCACAUACUAUUUCUCUGGCGAGCAAGAUCAGACGUCGUCAGCGCUCACCAUCUCCGGUCCCUUUGACGGAAAAUACUACAAGCAGGAUAACGUUGCAGUGGCAGUUUGGUCUCCCUGCGGUAAGGAUGCCAUGUUUAACAUUAACAGCGAGGUUGCGCUCACGCCGUUUUCCACAUCGGCCAACGGUUUGCUUACUGCGACAAAAGAAAGCGGCAGAUUCACAACUAAUCUGUACGUGCAGUGGAGGAAGUGCUGAGCUUUAGUUUAUAUAGUGUACCUGGGGUAGCAGAAUCAAGUAGUCAACAAGCGUUCUAUUUGGACCUUAU